GCUAGCACCGGCUUGCCUCCUAGAAAAUUUUCGACGAUUUCCCGCCCCUCCAAAAUUCCCCUCUCUCUUUCCUUUUUCCAUCUUCUUUCUCUGAUCUGAGAAAACCCUAAUCGUUGAGUUUCCUACUCCAAGCGGCGGCGGCAGCAGCAGCCUCCAAUUGAGUUGCUGUUGUUCAAUUUUGCGAGAUCAAACGCUAGUAGAGCGAGCAGUCGAUGAUGGAGGGAAUCUGAUGGAGGGGAUCUGGUAUCGUAGGGGAGGUCGAUAGGAAUUCAUCGUGAGGGAGGGAGAGGUCGCCUGUGUGUAUCAUUUCACGAAAGUAAAGCCCAGCAGAACGCCAGAGUUUCUGCAGGUUUGAGCUUUGCUAUAGCUGUGACAGGUCAAAGAAACAUGGGAUCUUGCUCCACUCGUUCAAGUUCCGAUUCCUGCUGCUUCCGUUUUAGGCGACUGUUGAAUUAACACCACAACAAAAGCAUUUUAUGAUCUUUCGACGAAAAUGGAAGAUUCUGUUAUGGAUAAACUAGCUCCAGCUGACAUAAACUCAUCAUCAUCAAUAGUCAAACCAUAUGGAACUCUGUCAACCAUUGUUGCCCUAGUCAUCCAAAUUCUACUAUCUCUCAUGGUCCUUGCCAAGUGAAGGACAAAACAAAGAGGACUUCAAAUAGAAAUUGGUGGUGAUCCUAGGUAUGCAAUCUGAAACACUCGCCAGAGUUGGUUGAAUCUCCAUGGGAUGAUGGGAAGUAGCAGAAACCAUGGCUAUUCUAUUCGAGCAGUCUUGCCAGAGUAUCCAAAGCAGAAAUGUAUUUGAACCAAGAAAUUGGUUGAAAAGGAGUUCUUUACAGCCAGUGAUCAAAUGAAGUUUGAUAAGGUUCGCUUGGGAGGCUAAGAGUCGGAGAGCUAUGGACAGGUUUUCGAUUGCUUCUGCAAUUUUGCUUCUGGGAUGAUUUGGUUGGGGCAUGAUGUUAGUAGUGUGCUGCAAUCUUUCCCGAGACUAGAGCUGAAUGGUUCAUUGCAUUUCAGUUUAGAUGUCAUCGGUAGAUGCUUCUCCCGGAAAACAGUUGAAAAUAUCUUCGCUGCGCGUUUGGCGUCCUUCGACGGAAACGACGAUGAAGAGGACUGGUGGGACGAGGAGGUCCCGGUGGCGGCAAUCAGAACACCACAGCUGAGCAAGAUUGAGGCUGAGCUGAUGGGCGAAGACGACAUUGUGCAGGCAUAG